AUGGGGGUAUCAGAUUUACAAUUUGAUACAAAUGGGCCUGUGGUAGAUCUUUCUGCUCGGGGUAUGCGGAAGCUCGACCCCAGUUUCAUUUGCUCUGAAGAAACUCACACUCUCAUCUUGGACCAAAAUGAAAUCAUGAAACUGGACCAUCUGGAAAGGAAUUUGGGCCUUCAGCAGCUGUCUGUCGCAAGCAAUCGCCUCGUGAGAAUGAUGGGCGUGUCACAGCUCAAAGAACUGCAAGUCCUUAAUCUUCCAAAUAACAGUAUCGGCUACAUUGAAGGACUGCGGGACAUGCCCAACCUCAAAUGGCUCAACUUGUCGGGAAAUGCAAUAAAGGUUAUUGAACAGCUGAACAACUGUGUUUCCCUUCAACACUUGGAUCUUUCAGACAAUAGCAUAACGAACAUUGGUGAUUUGAGUAAACUUGUGGCGUUAAAGACACUUCUUUUGCAUGGAAACAGUAUAACAACGCUUCGCACUGUGCCUGCCAACCUACCCGCCCAUGUUUCCAUCCUGUCAUUGGCAUCAAAUGAAAUUACAGAUUUAACUGAAGUGGCACACUUGGCUCAGCUUCAUGAAUUGGAGCAAUUAUCUAUAAUGAACAACCCUUCUGUGAUGCCAACACCAUCGCUGCCACGUUUUGACUACCGGCCCUAUGUGAUGAGUUGGUGCCUUAGCCUGAAAGUGUUGGAUGGCUUUGUGGUCUCCCAAAAAGAAGGACUGAAAGCUGAGUGGCUAUACAGUCAAGGAAAAGGACGCUCCUUUCGACCCGGCCAGCACGUUGAACUGGUUCAGUACCUUUCCACCGUUUGCCUCCGGACUGCAUCGUCGCCCUUGGUGACGGCGGAAGAUGCCAAAUUAGAAAAAAUCUUGAAUAAGCAGAGGUUUCACCAAAGGCAGUUAUUAGAAGAGACGCAAGCGGAAUGUCCAAGCCCUCGUCGACCCACUGAACUAGCUGUGGAAAGAGUGGACACAUCACAUUUUCUUUCACAAGGGGACACUUUAGAGGCCAAGAAAAUGAUAUCAACGCCACCUUCUGCUGUGCCAUCAGACCUGGAAAGAGGUCGGGCAGUGCAGUUCAAUACAUGGGUGAGCUAUGACUCAUCCAGCGUUUCCCUUCCAUGUAUAAGCAGCCCAAAGCGUGGAGGAGAGAGCCUUCUUUUAGAAGACGUGCAGACGGAUGAGGACAAGUUGAACAGCAGUGCACUAUCAUGCGAGUCCUUCACGUCCUUCACACCUCACCUCGAACCGCAGUCUCUCCACUCAGAGAGCGACGACGAGACGGAGACAUUUGAAGCCGACUCGCUGGCCCCAAGGCAUCCGUCGACCCCACUGGCUCGCCAAGACAAAAAAGAAGAAAAGGUUACACCUUGCUUGGAAGCAGCGGAAGAUCAAAAGUUCAUGUAUUUGGUCAAAACGACAGAGGAAGCAUCGAGAGCAGCUGUUAAGAUCCAGUCAUGGUGGAGGGGACGGUACACUCGGUGUUGUCACCCCAAGGCCAGAGAGGUGCGCAGUGAGAUUCGACUCCGCAGGAUGCAAGAUCACAUUGUUUCCUUGACGCAAAAACUGGAGAGAAUGCAGAAGCAGUGUGAGGAGGAGAGGAUACAAAGGAUGGUUCAGGAUGAAGCAGUCAGGUUUCUUUGGGAACAGGUCCAAUCCAUGCAACAAUGGAAGCAAUCCGUUGAGGAGAAGCUGGCUCAAAUCUCCGCUUCUCCCGCGCCAAGUCCGGCAGCUCCUCCCGUAGCAUGCGCCACUGCCAACCAACCUGCCACGGACGUCUCUUUUCCAGACUCCGGCUUCCAGACGACUACAGCGAGCGAGGAGCGUGCCGCGCCGGACGACAGCUUUCUCAGCAGUGGGACGGCGGAAUCCGUGCUGACUGUGCGUGUGCCCGAUCGAGACGUGGACAGCACCGACUGCAGUCUCCUGGAGCAGUAUGCCACCUCCUUGCAGCAGAGGGAGGAGGAGGAAGCCGAGGAGGCGCUAACGUCGCAAACCGAAGACGACCAAACGGAUGUCCACUGA